GUCACGCACAACUAGGAACUUUAGAUUUUUCAAGAACUGACACUUCUCUCUCGAUUUUCGUAUCUACAUUCAGUCGCUUAUGCUCCUGUGUCAAUCAUGGCGUAAAUACGUAAAUGCAACAUGGCCGAAACGAAAGAAAUCACGAUAUUUUCGGCUGGUUUAACAAAUACACCUCGAUAUAAUAGUUAUAGAAAGGAUAAUUGAAGGUGCAAUUGAAAAGUAAAAUACCAGAGUGAACCCGCUGUAUCAUUGACUCGGCAUUACGAAUUAAUAUUUCGUAAUAAGAGAUUGACGAACGGUUAUAUUUAUGGACACCGUAGUUGUACGCGAAAGCACGGAACGCUGCUCGAUCAACAUCGAGAUGUUGUUUUUAGUUGUCACAUGGAAAUUAACGUGUGGUCGGUUAUGCUCUCGAGAAGAUUUAUGAAACUCAAUAUGAGAACAUGCGAAAGGUCGGUUAUUCAAAGGAUUUAGUACAAAAGGACUAUCGAUGUAGCGGGCUUUCGUAUUUGUACGAAGUUUGCUCAAUCAACGUGCACACAAUUCGCUAUGACACAUUGAACAGUAAAACGAAUCAAAGCAAAGCGCAUUCUGUCAAAAGCAAUAGUUUUUGAUACCAUGGAGAUCGAGGUGGAGUCAAAUAAAGUCGAGGGUGGCGGUGAUACAAGUCCAGGAUGCUCCGGCUACGCUAACAUGGUUCACAGUAAAAAGGUUAUUAAACAUGCACUUCGACAACAGGCCAAAAGACGUAGGAAAAAUACGACCAUUGCAUCCGGCAAUUCUAGAACUCUGCCACGAAUUGUGGUCAAACCUCUAGCGCCACCGCCACCCAAUGAUCCACCAUCACCUCCUGUACCUUCGGUCCAACUUGUCAAUGCUGUCGAAGAGCCUGCAGCUACAAUGAGAGAAGUUCUUGCAAGUUUGCCAGGUUUCAGUUUGAAGUCCGGUCGCAGACGUUCGACAAAAAGAUUGUCAGCAGCUGCCCAGCUUGAGGCUGGCUUGGUAGAUUUAGAGACGCCAGCAAGUAUAUUGGCGAGUACGAGUUUGCGAGCUCUGCUCAAUAGGCACACGUUUCAGGGGCUACCGCCUUUGUAUCAGAGAAAACUUGCGCAGCUAUUACCCGCAGUGGACAGACAGGACGCGGCGACUUCUGGUUUGAACAAUGAAUUUUUCUCUCGUGCCUGUCUUGAAUGGCGUAAGCGUCUUGCCGAGGGUGAAUUUACGCCAGAAAAUCAGCAGAGACUGAAGAUGGAAGCGGAAAGAGACAAAAACAAGCUUGAUCCGUGGAAACUGAAGCACUUCGAGCCGAUAUGGGGUGACAAGCGUGAGCCGAAGCUUCGCCUCGGUCUGCACUGUAUACCGGAGCCGAGAACCGGCGGAGCUGUGACGCGAUCGAGUUUGCGGCUGCGUCUGGAAUCGAACACCGAUCAAAUUUCAUCGGAUCUUUACUGUCGUUCGAGUUCGAACGCGACAGAAAUGAAAAUAGCUACCGAGAGUGAAGAAGUUACAGAAACGAAUGAAGUACCCGUGAAAAGUAUGGAAAAUGGUCCUGACGAGACGAGGGUCGAGGCGCUCCCAGAGUACGACGAUGUUCCUGAAAUUCCUCCCGCAACUGAAAAUCGUCUCGCAUCUAAUGAGACUGAAAAGGUCGUGGAAGAAACGACGAACGAAGAUAAUAAAACGGUCGAAUAUUCUACCGAAGAGCAACAACCACCCGACGAGUCGACAACCGACAGUAGAGAACCUGAAGUUUUUAUCGAAAUGAAAGAGCCAGAUAUUCAGCCCGAAGAAUCGAUGCAGAUUGAGGAAACUCCAACAGAAAUACCCACCGAAAACGUACAAAGUCCCGAAGAAACAAUGGAAAUCCUGGAAACUUCUGUUACGGAGGAGACGAACGAUUUGAUCAAGUCCCAAAUGACGCCCGUUACGGAUAUACAGUGUACUACGGAUCUGAACCCCACUGAUCCUACAGACGUUAUACCCGUCGCAUUAGCUCACGUUGAGGACGACGCCGCUCAAGUGCUCCAAGUAGUGAGCGAGGAACAUCAUCUGCAGCAAGAACCUUCUCAUCAUCAUCAUCACAGUUUGCUCGAGGCUGAAAAAUCGAAAAUAUUCGAAAUUAGCGAGUGCGAAAACGCAGCUGCGGUUGAAAGUAUAUCCGGCCAUGAGGAAGCUGAAACGAGCGAUCAAUUAAGCGAAGAACACCCCGUAAUAACGGCUCAAAUAGUCGACAGUCAACAUACCGAGACUAUCAAUCCCAGUGGCACGGAAACCGAGCCUCAAAUUCCCGAAUGCAUGGAAAUAGACAGUGAAACGUUGCAACGCAUUCACGAACUCGAGGUAUUGCCAAUAUUCGUACGUGGCGAAAUGCGGGAAGCUUAUGAAGAAAUAUCAGGAUGUCCAGAAGAAAUAAUUUAUCCCAUAUUGGGUUCAAUGGAAAUGGGAACGAGAGUUGCACCCGAGGAGACGGAAAAUCAAACGGUCGUAGUAGCUGAAACGGUGGUUGUGUCCGAGGACGGAAACGAACAGCCAGAUGUAAUGAACGUAGUGAACGUCGACGACGAGUUGCGCGAUGCGAACAAUUACGUUUGUUCAGAGAUGCUCGAGUGCAGUUGGCCGGUAGACGCGACAGUCAACACGGGAGUCAAUAACAAUAACAGUAACAUUAAUAGCAGUCCGGCGCAGGAAGAUUUACAGGUGCCUUGGCCCCUGGUUGCCGCUGCUCUCGACGGUACAGUUGCUGCCAAUAUAACAGUGACGACUCAGGACGAUUGCAACGAUGCCACGAGCAACAACGACGCGACGAUGUCAACCACACCGAGUAAUCAAUCACAAGCGGCUCAACAACAAACACACUUCGUUACUAAUGAGACCAACCCCGAAUCCAUAAGUUGCAUACAAUUACCAGUUGUACAAGGAGUCUCGAGUUUUCAGCCUGCUGAAACUACGAUGACGAUAAACGCCACUAGUGCACCCGUCGCGGUGUCCCUCAUGAAAACCGUACAAUCAAACAGUCCCCCAAUCAUCGCAUUUCCUUCGUUGCAAUCUAUACGAUUCGUUCAAACGAGAUUUCAUCAUGGGCAACAACAAAAUACCGGGCAAGCUAAUUUGAGCGGGACAAACGCUUUAACGCCUCAGAUUACAAGCCAACACAAUCCAACAGCUCAUCAGGUCAAUAUCGUUCGACCAAAUGACGAUAUUGCUCAGCUUGCCAAUGUCCCCAAUUCCCAACAGCAGCAACAGCAACAGCCGCAACAACAACAUCAGCAGCAGCAACAUCAAAAUAAUAAUGUCGUAGCUCGUAAUAAUUUAACGAACAAUAUCACUGUUAGAAAUUCCGUUCAAGCGAACGUUGUUCAAGCUACCGUUGGAUUACCCAAUCAGAUACACCAACCAAGUGCAAUAGUCGUGCAACAUCAAACACCAAUGGUCACAGGACCAUCUAGACAAAUCGUCGCAAGUAUGCAACCUCAACAGUAUUCUACCAAUGUCGUACCGACGAGAAACUCGCGUGGCACCGGCCAGGGCAGCUAUAGAGCCUCAAGAAACAGCAAUAAAGAACAGGGAGGCGGCAGAUCGAGGAGUUCUACCAAAGAACCGCCUGGCGCCGUCAAUCUCGAGCGUAGUUAUCAAAUUUGUCAAGCGGUAAUUCAGAGCUCGCCGAAUCGUGAUCAGCUCAAAGCACAUCUUAAACCACCACCGAGCUUGUUGGCAAGGGGUGACGGUGCUUUUACGACAAGUAAAACUGGCGGACGGACGAUCACGACAGUAAAAACGCAGAAGCAAACUUCGCAGCACGGGAAGCAGACACAGAAUAAGGCACAGGCAGUUAUGCUGAGACAGGUCUUUGCAACUGCACGACAAGCCGCACCCGUCGAGGUGGCAGAAAACAACGCGGUGGCUCAAUUGAGUACGAAUGGAACUGGCGGUUUUGGUCAAUACAUAUUGGUCCAGCGUACAGGAGUUAGUGACGGAGCUCCAAGAGCAUCGUCAGCUCCACCGUUGCCACCCCAAAUAGCGGGAAUAGGCGUUGGUGUGCAUUUGGUUCGCGGUAGGCCAGCGAGCGCUGGUGAGGGUUCUCAUCAGGCAGUGACUUUGAAAGCGCGGGGUACAACAGAUGGAAGAGGUGGUGGUGGUGCGGAGCCUGGAGCGCCGGGUGUAAUAAUGGGCGGUGAUCCUCCACCACCUUGUGAGUGCAACAUGCGCGGAGCGAUGGUUAUUUGUCGUCAGUGCGGUGCUUUUUGUCACGAUGAUUGUAUCGGUCCUCAGCGGAUUUGUGCCACGUGUCUCAUACGUUGACCCGAGUCGAUAGAUUGUCACGCUUAAUUGUCAAGAGGACUCUCUAACAAUGAGAGAAAAACAAAUCUAAUCAAUGAUCUUCGACGAUGUUGAGAUUUGCAUCUUCAAUGAAAAGCAGCGAAACUUCUUGUUGUGUUUUCGCUUGAAAUUUUUAUGCAAAUUUGAGCUAAGAAAAUCGGCAACAUUUCCCUGCGAUCUCUGUUAGAGACACGUGAAAUGAGCAACAAAAAUGAUGCUGGUGACUCCAAAAAAGAAAUGAAAACCGAAAAAAAGAAGUUUCGCUGCAUUUUUAGUCGGUGCGAAUUCGAUUAUCAUGAUUUCCAAACGCUCGUAAAGGAUUGAUACGAAAAAUAAGCGUUCGGAAAUUAAAAUGAAGUUCCGUGCCAGAUCCUUGAGGCGAGGGGAAACCAAACUUUCUUCGUUUCUUUCUCAUCGAUCAUUCUCCUUCCCUGACAAUCUGUGAAUGAGCACGUUCAACGAGCUUAGUACGUUGUACACUCAUUGAACACACAUCAAAAGUGACUGAUGAAAACUUUCGUUUUCAAACCGCUUCACGUGCUCCAUCAUUGACUGUUAGGGAAACGGCGGUGUAUAGAAUUGUAGGCAUAAAGAACAUAUAUAUUUAUAUAUAUAUAUAUAUAUGUAUAGAUUCAGUGUAAAUCGGGCAUGAAGACAUUGAAGUUUUUUUUUUUUUUUUUUUUUGAGAAAAUAACUUUUAUGAACGACCGGAGGGAGCGCAUGAUUUUCAGCCAUCUCUGAUACGUUCCAUUACUCAACAUACUCGGUCUAGAAAAUCGAUCAGCAAGUGGUUUUUACUGAACAAAAGAUUUGUCAGUGUUCAAAAUCUCGAAAAAUUAUGAGAACGAUCCCACACUAGUCAUCUGAUUUUUGUGUCCGGGCAAUUCUUGCUUGUGUCGUGAUUCUUUAACUGCAAAAUAUUUUCAAUUAAGAUAGGUGAAAGUUUUUAUUCCGCUUGCAAUGUUUCAUACAAUUUUGAAUUUCAGGGUUUUAAAGUCAUUUUGAAAGAAAACUCAUUUUAGACGUUUGUACAUGACUUUAUUUAAUCGGUUCAGCUUCUGUACAGAAUUUUCUUUGGUAUUAUGCUGCUCAGAAAAGUAAAGCAACAAAGUGGGACGCUUUCCGGUGCAAUAACACAAACAUCACUUGUAAUCAGGAAGUAACAUUUGCAUCUCUUGACUCAUGUAACUGUAUUAUUCCAUUUUCGUUUCUCGGAUUUUCCUCAAAUCGUUUAUUUAAAAUCAUGAUUCGUAUUGACCAACGUAACCACGGCGCGAUAAAGGGUUGUCGUUAUAACCGAUUUAUACUGUGUAUAUAUAGAUAUAUAAAUUAGGACGGCAGAAAAACAAUCUUUUUCGUAGAUCGAUUUCUCCGCCGAGUUCUUUUUUUACUCUAAACAAAUUGCGGUUGCAAACUUGGUGGUCUGAAAAAAAGAAAUAUUUAUUAGUGGCUUUCAAUAUGAGCUCAUUAUUCGUUCAGCUGUUAAGCGUAUCGAAAACGAGUGUUUAUUGAGUUUCUUGUCUAAAUACGAAAAAUUGAGUUCCGUAAAUUCGCGAGACUCGUACAUCAGCUUUCGAUAUUGCCUCGUAGACGCAAACUGUGAUAAAGUUUGGAAAAUCUUCCCAAGACGACAUGAAAAUUGAUCAAACGGUUCCGGUUUUUAAUGCAGUUUCCAUAUCCACAAUUAUUAUUGUCCAUAAGAUUUUAAGGUGCCUAACGCAUGUGUGUAAAUAAAAAGAGCACGGGAAUAAUUUCUUGAACAAUGUUUUUUCAAACGCAAUCGCAAUCAUGAAUUUUCUAACUUUUUUCUGUGAUUCGAUCACUAUGAAUUACAUUUACAUUACUUCUCGUCUGAGAGUAAGCAUUUUCCGACCGUUCCCUUCUUUUGAACGACCGAAAAUUGCAAUAUUUUAAUCAAUUGUCAAUGAUUUUUAUACAUCACUUUGAUCCUUUAGGAUUCUCGAUAAUCACUCGAUUCCGUAUUAACGAUUGUAACGCUAUUGCCGAAAAGUAAUUACUUUCAAAUAAUAUUUACAAUUUAUUGUUGUAAAUAAUUUCGAAAAAUACAAUUAUUUUCUUAAACAUGACACUCAACAAUCGCAUGCUUUUUUUCAUGACCUCAUGCGAGCAUAAUAACGAUGAAGUAAAUCGAUCAAAUGAUUGUUUCAAACUCGCCCUAUCGUAUACUUACGUACCCGCUGUAAGGGAGAAAAAAUAGAAGUGUGUUCGCGUUGUAGCGAUUUCAGACAAAACAAUGAGCCUCAAGGGAAGAAAAAUGAAAAUACGAUCGGUCGUCCUUGUGGGACACUUUCAAGCACAAAAUCCUUGCCCGUUAAUUAAUAAUAACAAUAAUAAUAGUAAUAAUAUUGAAGUUAAUUACAAUAAUAUUAUUAACAUAAAAACAUUAAUAUCCUCCCCCUCGCAUGUCAUAUAACUAAAUUAUUUCUCUCUCUCUCCUAUUUCAUCGAUUUUCAAAAGUUCAUUCGAUGUUCGAAUCUUCGACCUCUCGUGCAUGUAUAGACCCCAAUCCUUUGAUCAUCUCUUCUCCCGUAUCCCUUCCCCAUUAUCCCGGUUAUUAGAUCGUUCGUACGAUCCGUUAUGCGACGAACAUAGCUGUUAAAUUAUUUUUAAUUAAGAAAAGGGGGAAAAACAAUUGUAUAAAGUUCAAGCUCAUUUUUUCUAAUUAUUAAUAAAAAUGAAAAUAAUAAAAUAAAUCAUGAAAUAGAACUUGUUGGACGAAAAACAAACACGUAAUACAAAAAAAACAACAACAAUUUAAAUGACACAAAUAAAACUGGUAAAGAAAGAUAAACUCUCAACGCAUGUCUACUUAGGGAUAAGAUACGAUAGCCGAUCUUAAAUCUCUAUUCACACAAACCGUUUAGUCAAGAGUUUAUCGCUAUGCGAAGAAAACAAAAAUGUACAUGCUUUAGAGGAAAACACAAAAAAUAACUGAUUCCCAGCCUCAGUGGCCUUUCUUUACUUUCUUCGCCCUCUUAUCGCAUGCUUGACACGCCAAAGCUUAAGAACCGCAGGGUGUCUAACAGUUUAUUAACGAACUUCAUACCCACUAAAAUUAUUCGUCACUGCGAAUUGUUUGAAGACGAUAGCACAAUCUUCGAACUUUGUAUUUUCAGAUUCAAUUAUAUAAAGCUAGAAAUUUAUUGUAUAAAAAUUAAUUUCUUAAGUAAAUUAUCAACGCAAACGGUCGCUGUACCGUCUCAAAAUUAUUUGAAAACUUAAUAAGCGAUGUACAUAAAAAUAUGUUUUUUUAAAUAUUGCAUUUAUAUUUUAAAAAAAAGCUCUAAAAAUGUACCAUGAGUCAAUGGACCCUCGUGAAUGCUUGAUACUAUGUCGACUAAAAAAUUAUUCUUUCCUUGGUUUUUCUAUUCGAAAAACGAGACGGUUGAUAAAAAUUGUAAAUUUCGUACUUUUUAAUUGAUUCAUUGGAGCACCAAAAAAGUUGGACACCCUAAAUCAAGGCUAAAAGCUAAAGAGACGACGAACUCUCUCGAAUCUGCCGGCCACAAUCCGUAAAGCAAAUCCCGAAGGAUCAAAUUUGUAAAUAUAACUCCUCUUCGGCUUACGGCAAUAAUAUUAAUUGAAAAUGAAAACAUGUAAUAUCAACUAAAACGCAUUGUUCGUGAUAGAGAAAGGAGCAGCAAAAAAAAACAGAAGAAAAUUGAAAACUGCGUAUAAUGAAAUAAAACUUGAAUCCUGACAAUUACACAUGACAAAUAGUACAACCACGUAUACAAUUAUAAACUGUAUACCUACGAUUAGUAAUGAACAAAUGAAAAAAAAAAAAUACUUAAAUAAACAUUACGCAAAGUUCUCCAUUGAUA